GUUUUCCUCCCAUGUCUCAUUCUCUCUCUACCUACCGAUCUCUCCUUCUCUCACUCAUUCACACCGUCCUUGGGUCUUCAAUGGCGUAGCAGUAGCUUCGACUGAGACCAACUCAACAGUAGCUAGAUUCUCUCCUUCUACUCUCACACUCACACUCAGGUGCCUUCUUCUUCUUCUUCUUCUUUUCCUCUGACUCUUAGCUCUUCUCUGUCUCUCUAUUCUGUACUUUUCCACUAAGGUGACGAGAAUGAUUAAUAAUCUAGAUGAUCUUCCAACCCUGGCCUCUAUCUCUAUGACUCCUCAAAAGAAAUAUGAUGUUUUCAUAAGUUUUAGAGGAGUAGACACUCGUUCUAAUUUCACUAGUCAUCUCUACAAUGCACUCAAGAAUAGUGGAAUUGAAACUUACAUUGAUGAUAGACUUGUUAGAGGAGACGAGAUCUCCAGUGCUCUCAUGGAUGCCAUCGACCAAUCAAAGUUCUGUGCAGUUGUCUUCUCUCAAAAUUAUGCAUAUUCGAGCUGGUGCUUGGAUGAGCUAGUAUGCGUGGAGAAGAAGAAUCUGAUUCUUCUACCUAUUUUUUAUCACGUGGAUCCAUCAGAUGUGCGAAAUCAAAAGAAAAUUUAUGAAGAUGCAUUUAAGAAAAAUACAGAUCGUUUUCCUGAAGAUAAGAUAAAAGAAUGGAGGGUUGCUCUAACUACAGCAGCUAAUCAUUCUGGGUGGGAUGCAUCCAACUUCAGGAACGAUGCUGAGUUAGUUGAUGAUAUUGUUAAUUUUAUACGAGAACAAAUAGAUGAGGCCAUUUUCAACAAGUUGUUGUCUAAUCCACCUGAACUGCAUACGAGAACCAUGGCUGUAGAAUUGUUGGUUGCUCCUGUUGUCUCUAUUUCAGUUGAUUUUUUGCUAAAGAAGAUAAGUUCUUCUCGUGUAGCGAGCUUCUUAAGGGAAAAGACUAACUCUGGUUUCGAUAGGCUUCUUGACAAACUAGAGACUACACUCCUCUCUCUUGCUCAGGUGUUUGGAGAUGCGGAGCAGAAGCAGAUCAAAAACCCUAGAGUUGAGAAGUGGUUGGACAAGCUUCAAGAUGCUGUGGAUGAUGCAGUUGAUCUCUUUGAGGAAAUUGAGUAUGAUGCCCUCAAAGUCAAGGUGGAAGUAGAGUCAGAACCUAACAAAUCCAAGGUAAGUAAAUUCUUCUCCAAUUUCAACUGGACUAUUCAGAAAACAAAGAUAGUUAUGGAGAAGAUUCUAGAGCGGUUGGAUACUUUUGAAAAACAAAGGUACAAACUUGAUCUGCGAGCAGAUGUCGAGAAGAUCCAAUCACAGAAACCAUCUUCAAUAUCUUCCAUAGAUGAUUCUGAGUUUUUCGGUAGAGAUGAUGAUAAGAAAUUUUUGAAAGAGAUGAUGUUGUCAGAUGAGGUGGUUAGUGAAAAAAUAUGCGUGAUUCCAAUUGUGGGCUUGGGUGGGAUUGGCAAAACUACUCUUGCUCAAGCUGUUUAUAAUGAUGGUGAAGUUAAAAUGCAUUUUGAACUCAAGGCAUGGGUUUGUGUCUCAGAUGAAUUUGAUGUUUGUAAGGUAACGAAAAUUGUUCUUGGAGCACUGACUAGAGCUGCUUGUGAUGAUGCUGAGGACUUGAAUGUGCUUCUAGAGGAUGUACAAGAAAUAUUGGACAAAAAGAAGUUCUUGAUAGUUUUGGAUGACGUCUGGAAUGAAGAGUAUAAUUUUUGGGAUACAAUAAGGAUGCUUUUCAAAGGCGGGGCACAAGGUAGCAAGAUAAUCGUCACGACUAGAAGUGAAAAAGUUGCAAGAAUCGUGGGAACAACGGGAUUUCACCAUCUUGAUGUGUUAAAGGAAGAAUCUUGUAUUAAGUUAUUUGUCAAGAUUGUAUCUGGCAAUGAAGAAUUUACUACUACAGAUUCAAACUUGGGAAGAAUUGGCAAAGAACUUGUUAAUAAAUGCAAGGGCUUGCCGUUGGCUGUGAAGGCAGUUGCAAGCCUCUUGCGCUCUACAAAUGUUAAAGAAUGGAAAAGAAUAGCAGAGAGUGAUAUUUUGGAUUUACCAGGAGAGAAAAACAUUCUACCGGCUUUGAGAUUAAGUUAUCAUUAUUUGCCACCACACUUAAAACGAUGCUUUGUUUAUUUUUCUUUGUUUCCUAAAGAUUACACAUUUGGAAAGGAGAAGUUGGUUUCGCUAUGGAUGGUGGAUAAUUUACUGGAGCACUCAAGUGGAAAUAGGACUAUGGAAGAAGUGGGAUAUGAGUAUUUUGAUGAGUUAAGAUCUAGAUCAUUUUUUCAACCUGCAAAUGGUACAGGUGAUCGUUUUUUAAUCCAUGAUCUUAUGGUUGAUUUGGCUAAUUUUGUAUCUCAACAAAAAUUUGUUUAUAUGGAGAAAGACAAGAUGUAUGACAUUGGACUGACGAGGCAAAUACAGCACAUUACAUUUCUUCCAGACUAUGAUUUUCAUGAAACAUAUAAAUUAAUUUCUGAAGCUACUCAGUUGCGUACAUUCAUGUCUCUUACUUGUCAUGACAGUACUGAUCUUACUCUCAGUUCUAAUACAUUACAUUAUGAUGUGCUGAAAGACAUUAUGAAGCUGAGGCGCUUAAGAUUUUUAUCUUUGGAAGGUUAUAAAAAUGUCAGUAAAGUAAUUGAGUUGGUAGGUGAAUUAAGACAUCUUCGGUACUUGGAUCUCACUAGAUCUUCAAUCAAAGAGUUGCCCACAUCUGUGUGUUUGUUGUACAAUUUACAGACAUUGAAGUUAUCUUAUUUUUGGCGUCUCACCAAGUUGCCUAAAAAUUUACAUCAUCUCAUUAAUUUGAGACAUCUCUACAUGAGCAAUUGUGGGUUUUGUACCUUGCCACCACUUGGGCAAUUACCUGCACUCUUAACUCUUUCGAUUGAAAGAUGUUAUGGUGUAAAGAUGGUUGGUGUUGAGUUUUAUGGGAUUAUUAGUUCUUCCAAAUCAUUUCCAUUGUUGGAAUCCUUGAAGUUCAUAGGCAUGAUAUUGUGGAAGGAAUGGUCAUUGCCAAAAGCAAAUAUUGAAGCAUUUCCAAAGCUAAUAUCACUUACUAUCCACAAGUGUUGGGAACUGAGGGGAGAUUUGCCUCCACUCUUACCAUCUUUAGCAAAGCUUGAUAUUCGUGAAUGUUGGAGGCUUGCUUCUUCACUCCCACUGAUGCCAACUGUCAGAACAGUAAGUAUCAACCAUUGCCAUGGAGUCAAAUCAUGUAAUAGUCUUCAAACUUUUGAUAAUUUGGAGGACUUACAUCUUAUAUAUUCUUUCCCAAUGCCCCAUUAUUUCGGCAAUAUAGACUUUCUAUUGACCUAUAAUUAUAAAUCCCUCCAAAAUCUUUAUCUUUAUGGCAUUUCUACCUCAUUGAAAUUGCUUCCUCUAGAUAUUUUUCCUGAUAUUAGGAAUCUCAGAGUUCGUGCUUGUAGAAAUCUAGAGUCUUUCUCAGUAUCAAAAAUCCUAAUCUCUCUAUCUACCCUCACCAUCGAAGGAUGUCAUAAUUUCACAUUAUUGCCUGAUAGCAUCCUCCCUUGUUUACGACAACUAGUUAUCAGGGAUUGUCCAAAGUUGGAAUCACUUCCUAGAUCUUGGUUGCUUUUUAGUUUGCGCGAGCUCACCAUUUUAAGCUGCAACAAGGUGAUUGCGUCUCGAAAGAAUUGGAAUUUACAAGCACUGCCUAAUCUGACACGUUUUUGUAUUGGCUAUUAUGAUAGUGAAGAUAUGGAGUCCUUUCUAGAGCCAGGGUCGCUGCCCACUAGCCUUACUUACCUUGAAAUCGAUCAUUUUGAUUGUCUUAAAACGUUAGAUGAGAAGGGGUUUGGAGAACUCAAAUCCUUGAAAGAACUAAAGGUAUAUAUGUGCCCCCAGUUGCAGUCACUUCCAGUAAAAGGACUGCCACCCUUUUUUGAAGGUUUACUGCAACCUUCUUUCGAAAGAUUCGUUAUGUAUGGUUGCCCUUUGCUGAAAGAAAAGUAUUGGUGGAAGGUAAGCAAGUGUAUGCGGGAGAGAGGACUGUAUUGGGAAAUUGUAGAAUAUGACUGGGAGAUUUGUUGCAUCCCUCAGCCUCAAGCAACUAUGUGCAGAAUAGAAAAGCGUAUUGGAAGUAUGAAAACUAUAUUUGGGAGAAUUGUUGCAUCCCUCAGCCUCAACUGAGGCUCCAUCAGUUGACAACUCUUAACUUAGCCAUCCUUUGGUCCCAAAGCCAUAGUGUUUCACAAGGUCCUAAUUCUCCUAUAAAUAUAUGCAUAAAAGAAAUGAUUUCUGAGACUGAAGAGGAUUUCCCUGAAUCCCUACUUGAAACCUUAAUCUCUCAGGGCAAUCAAAUUCCACCAGAUCUGAACCAUUGUAUUUUGUUGACGGCAGAGGAAAAUUUGGACUCAAUUGUCCCAUUUGAACAAAAUCUGGGCUGAACUUUCCAAAACGAUGAAGAUAAUGAAAAAGAUGACAAAAGAGACAGGAUAACAUCUUAUGAUCAAAUUGUUUCUGGAAUAGACUGGAGUUGCAAGGCCAAACAGAAUGGUCACCGCAUCUCGUGAAUGGACAACUGGGAAAUAUCUUCACUUUACUAAUUAAAAAGAAUUACAUAUUUCAUGCAUCUUGGAAUCACUCAGUUAUCUCUGGAAUCUAGAAGGAGCAGUUUGUGUUCAGUGGAGUCCAAGAGAUAUUUAAGAUUUCAAUUAUUUUGAUUCGAUGUGGGUCAGUAAACUUAUCAGGAAAAGACAUGAUUCUUCUGUGGCAAGCAUUGCCUUGGCAUCCCAAUAAUAUACUUCUUGCAAGUGCAACAACAUCUACAGAUGGAAAAUGCAGUGUGUUUUCCACCAUUAUAAAAGGUGUUAAUGCAGAGUAUGUUUCAUGGAUUCAAGAACAGGCCCUUCUUCAGAUUCAAAGUUUAGAGAGGUUCACAGUCUUUGUCUCCUGGUUGAAGCUUUAAAUUUCUUUUGGGCACGAUAUAAGGAGGGCGGGGAAAGUAUUAGCCACUUGUUUUCAGACUCCAUUGGUACAUGCCCUAGUUGGAGAUGUAAACAGUUAUUUGAGAGUCAAACUUUUGGGGGCAACAGAGCUUCAGUCAUGUGGAUAUCAGUCUUUGAGAAUAAGGAAAUUACAACAGAUAGCAUUUUGUACGAAUUUCAUUUUUUAGACCUUUGUAGAUACUAGGAGAGUCUUGUGUAUUAAUUGUUGUUGUUCUUGUACACUGGGAUGGUUCAUUAGGGUUUAGGGUUUAGGUACACUGGGAUUUACAAGGCUCCAUUGGUGUUGCCUAUAAGACAAUCAAUUCUCCAAAAACUUUGUCAAGGUAGAUUUGUAAAUGUCUAAUUUUGAGUUUUUAACUUUGUUUUAUUUUUUUUAA